GCACACAGCAGAGGAAAGAACUGCAAUACUUUACGGCCAAAAUUCUCUUUUCUCUCCCCUUUUCAUAUUCAAGUUCAUGUUCACCCAUGGAUCUCUCUGGAUUCGGAAGACACUUUUCUCCAUCAACUUGCCUUUUCUUAUCUCCCUUUAUUUUUUGCUUCCUUUGGAUCGCUCGACCUCCCAACUUUUGCCCCUUUAAAUCCUUUCUUUUGUUAUCCUCCACCUUUGUUCCGAGUCAUUGCCCCGUCAUGCUCUCCUUUCGGCUGCUGGUGCUGCUGCUGCUCCUCCUGCUCCUAUCAGCCGGCGGCGAUGGUGAUGGUGGCGACGGUGGUUGCGCUACGAGCAGAGUAAUUGUGGCCGCCACCACGUGGUGCGUGGCCAGGAGCAGCAUGGACAACACCUCCCUGCAGGCGGCGCUCGACUAUGCCUGCGGCGUGGGCGGUGCGGACUGCUCGCCUAUCUCCUCCGACGGCCUCUGCUUCCUUCCCAACACGCUGCAGGCGCACGCCUCCUACGCCAUGAACAGCUACUACCAGCGGAGCGGCCACGGCCCUACCUCCUGCGACUUCUCCGGUGCCGGAGUCAUUGCCAUGACCGACCCAAGCUAUGGAUCUUGCGUCUAUCCUUCAUCUGCAAGUACAGCCAGUGGAAUCGGCUCGACAGCACCACCAACAACUAUACCCACACCCACCACUACGCCGGUGACUACGCCGGUGACCACGCCGGUGACCACACCUUGGGCCACGCCGUCGACCAUACCUUGGACCACGCCGGUGACCACGCCUUCGACCAUGCCCAUCACUACACCCACACCCACAACGAAUACGCCCACAAUUCCAACCUACAACCCUGCCAACCCCACACCCAUCACCAGCACAGGUGGCGGACUUAGUCCUCCUGGGCUCAAUAGUCCUCCUGGGCUGGGCUCACCCACUGCGUCCAAUGCCAUGAUGACCAAGACAAGCACCAGCCAUCCAGUUGCAGUGGUCACUCUCUUCUUCUUGCCGCUGCCCUUUUUCUUCCUUUUGGAUUAAAACUCCAGGAGGAUGGUUAUGAGGAAGAUGAAGUGAAAAAUCUCAAAGAAUGUAAAGUUGUUAGUUUGAUUUUGAAUUGUCGUUUCCUUUUUCCUUUUUGUACAAUUACUAUAUUAUUUACAAAUUCCUUA